AUGGACAUCGGAAAAGGAUGGCCCCGUGCUGCACAUGACAAUACCAUUAUCAACCGGAUCAUGCUGCGAUUCCGGCCCAUCGCCCCGAAACCGGUCUCGGCCGGAGCAGCUUCGGACUCUGCAUCGGCGGCAAGCAAGACGGGGCCGGUUACCAAAAGACGAGCUAAGAGGAAGUACGUUCGAGUUAAGAAGAAUAACAAGUGCAAGUCGUCUUCAAACAACUACAAGGAGGAGCAGGUGGUGGAAGAGGUGGAGAAACAAAAAGAUCUCAUCCGGUUUGAUGUAAGCUUACAGCUACAGACCCCUCUGCCCAUCAUCUGCGGGACCAAGGUCUCUCCCGAUAUAGGCUCCUCCAAUUCCAAUAAUGGUAGCUUCCUGCUUGAGCAGCGCCAGCCCAUACUCAUGAAUUUCGAUAAUCGCGGUAUCUUCAACCUGUGUUUGGCAGAUCAGUCAGAUCGAAGGGCGGCAGCGGCGGCGGUAAGGGUAGUGGAGUCGUGGGUGGUGGUGGACGGCGCGGCCGAGGCGUUACCGGACGCAGGAGGAUUGGGGAGUACGGACAGGGAGAAGAUGGCGAAUCUGGAGUUGGAUACAUGUCCCGGACUAAUCUCCGAUGCUAUGUAUAGGGUGCAGUGGGUUAAUCUCGCUUACAAGAGAAUGGUGGAUCCCGAUCGCGGUGGCCGGGAGGGGGCCGUCGGAGAACCGCCGCCGGCUGAGGUGGUGGUUCGGUUGGUGUUGAAGCAAAACAUACCAGCGGAGUGGCCAAUGUUUGCAUGCACGGUGAGGGUGGUGUACACGUGGCGUAAAGAGAAGUUAACGAGGACAAUGCCGUGUGAUGUGUGGAAGAUGGAUUUUGGAGGAUUUGCAUGGAGGCUUGAUGCUGCGGCUGCCCUUAGUUUGGGCCGUUGA